GAAGACUCAGGGAGAAGCCUGGGUGGAGCAAUUGAUUGCCUCGCUGGUAUCCCUGAUGCCAGAAGAAGUGCGCGAGUCGCGUACGCGCUCCGGCAUGCGAGUAACGGUGAACCGUCUUAAUGGAGAGCCGGUGAUGUUGGAGCUCUCGAGGCCAUGCCUGGUACGUCAAGCUCGCGCAAAGCUUGCGAAGGAAUUUGCCUGCGACGAGCCCCGCAUCGCGCUGUUUGCCGGUAGCGAAGUCCUCAACGACAAAGACAAAGCUCGCCCACAGAUGAGCAUGGUGCUUAUGGCUCCUGACGAAGAAGAGGAGUCCCAGAACCUCGAGGCAUUCCUUGAGGAGAUGAAAGCUCUCUUCGGCGACAUUGAGGAGAUGGGCUUGGAAGACUUGACCAUCUUGCUGAAUGCAGUGCAACAAGCCAUUGAGGAGCGAGGGGACCGCCGGGACGAUGACGAUGCCCAGGAUGCCCAGGAU